AUGGGCAUCCUCCCCACAACAGCAUGCGUGGCAGCAGCCUUACCAGCCGCAGCAGAUGCCACAGCAGCUCGUAGAGGGCCUUACAUCACCUUGGUCGGAGAUGCAACAACCCACGGAGACUCAACAACUGCCUCCCCAGCAACACUUAAGGGGGCUGAACUUCCUGCAAAAGAACCGCCCCCAGGCUUUUCCUACAGCGAUGAAUUGACAGCAGUCGAGGAGGAUUUAGAAGAGUUGGAUGUGCAUGCAGCAGGAGGGCAGGCUGGCUUUUCUGAGGCGAGCGUCGCAAGGGAAGGAGGCCAGGCUGUAGCGACAGAAGCAUUUUUCGCAGCACUGCUGUUGCUCCUGUUGCUGCUGCUGCUCCAGCGCCAGCAGCAGCUGGUGCGAAGCCACCCGAGCGCAGCAGCAACAGGAUGUCGAUGCCUUUCUUUGGGGGGCAUGCAACAAACUGUGCGUUCAUCUCAAGUGUGCAGAGAUGUACAACAAACAGCAGCAGCGCGUGCUGCACCAGAACCGCGUGCUGCAGCGGCUGCAGCAGCAGCAGCGGCGGCUGCAGCAGCAGAGUCAACAGCAGCAGCAGCAGCGACAGCAGCAGCCGCAGCAGCAGGUGUGUAUGCAUGCGUGCCGAGAGGCGCUCAAGUCUUUAUGCAUAGCUUUUUGACGAAGGUGUUUUGUCUGAUUCCGUGCUUUUGGCUUCCCCUCUGCGUGCAGGAUGAUGUGACGGGUUUAUCCGGCCGUCAUGUGAUGAUUUUUAGAGGAUAUAAGUCAAUCGUUGAGUGUCUAGCUGCGCCACCCUCUGUUGUGGCGGCAGCAGGGGCAGCAGCGCCCCCUCCCCCCGGCCCUGCGGCAGCUGCAGCAGGAAGCGCAGCAGCGGCUGUGCGGCUGCUGCUCCGGCAUCCAAAGAUUCAUUUGAAUACGCCUGUUCGACGGGUAGCAGUGACAGAGGAAGGAGUUACUCUGCAGCUUUUGGCUGGGCAGGAAACUGCGCCGUUCGACUAUUGUCUUAUUACGCUGCCUCUAGGUGUGCUGAAAGCGUCUCUCGACGCCUACAGCACCGACGGCAGCAACAGCUGCACUGAGACUGCAACAAGUGGGGAGGCAUGCGGCGCAGUCUCGGUAGAAGGCAGCGGAGCAGCUGCUGAUGGGCAGUGUCUCCCUGCUGCUGCUGCCGCUGCUGCAGCGACAACGGCUGCUGCCGCGCGCAUGCUGGGUAUGGCGGAGGCGACUAUGCAUCACGUGGCUGCAUGCGGACUGGAAGCUGCCGCAGCGGAGGCUGCGGCAGCGGCUGCAGCGGGGAGUUGCAGCGGCAAAAUGCUGAUUCAUGGCACAGGGCUAAAUACGGCUGCUGCAGCAAGUGGCGCAGCAGUUGCAACAAAUGCUGCAGCGGCUGCUAUCGCGACAGUGCGUGCUGCGGAGUCGGGAGCGGCGUACUCCCCUGCAGCUGCUGCAGCUGCAGGGGAGUAUUUGGGGUGUCUGGACAGCUUCCACGAGCUGCCUAUCCCUUUGGCGCUUCCAGAUCACAUUUGCAAUCUCAUUUCCACAGGAGAGGCGUCGUCGAGUGUGGCGGGGCAGCAGCAGCAGCAAGCAGCCGCUGCUGCUGCAGCCGCUGCUGCCGCAGACAAGGCAGCAGCAGCAGCAGCAGCUGCGAUGCAGGUGGGAGGAUCGCAAGGACGCUUUUCCACGUGGGCUUUGCAGCACGCAGACUCGACAGCCGCUGCAGCAGCGGCUGCUGCAGUCGCAGCUCAAGGCGUCUCUCCAGCUGCAGCGGCAAGAGCAUCUGCCGUGGCAGAAGCAGCCGCUGCUGCAGCUGCAGAGGCUGCCGUCGCAGCGGGAGAGUCGGAUGCCAUAGCUGCAGCUGCGGCGUCUAUUGAGUCGCGAGCUGCUGCCCUCGCAGAAGCAGCAACAAGGCGCAUGCAGCAGCUGUUAGAUGUCACUCGUGCUGCAGCAGCAGGCAACCCCACAGAAUAUGCUGCUUUAAAGGUAUCUCCGGGGGCGGCAGCGGCUGCAGCUUCCGCUGUAGAUGCUGGCGUUCGUGCAGCAGUUGCUGCAGCAUGCAGCACAGCGCAUGCCGCGGUAGAGGGAGCAAAGGCGCGUGCGUGGCAUUUGUCCUUUAGUAGGAAUAACAGCAGCAGCAGCAACAAC